CGGAGGGAGAAGGAGAAGGAGCGCUUCACGGUCGCUCUUCGCCUUUUCACAAACCUUUCGGCGCUCGACGACCUCUCGGACCUUUGUCGUUUGAGACAUUUCGUUUUCCAUUUGCUGCGUGGAGAAACGUUUCAAGUUUUGAAAAAUGAAUCCGUUAAGGCUUAUUCCGAGUAUUAGUGGAUCGAAUAUGUCUGAUACAAAUCCUUUCAGUCAAGAGAAAAGACUUAGUAAAGUUCGACGAAGUACUGUUGGAAUGCUAGCUAUGCAGGAGACAAUAAAAGAAAAACAGGCAAGAUACAGGGAAGCCAGGGAAAAAAGAAAAAUGAAGCUUGAUCAUGUGCAUCGCUAUAUUAUUGAAAUCUUGGCGAAACAACUACAACUACAGAAAGCUGAGGUCGAAGAAUUUAUCUUGGAUUCACUGUCUCUACAACCAUUUGAUGAUUUCUUUUCAAAAGGAGGCAGUCAAGUACUUGCAUUCUUUUAUCAAGAAGCAGAUCCGCCGAUAAUAGAAACUGGCCGAAUUAUUGCUGGAGUUGCUAAAGGGACAAAAAUGAUGCGCUUAUUUCAGGGGAAAUUAUCGGAUGUAUCCAUUGACGGUCUAUGUUUGUUUUUUGUACGAUACCAAAAUGAUGUUCUUCUCACAGAAAGGAAUAUAUAUGAGGAAACAUUCUUUGGCGUUUUGGAUUGUACUGAUGGAAUACUCAAUGGUACUGUGACUAUGAUAGAAAAUAUUUUCUUACCAGCUAUUUCUGCAUCUAGAAAUUGGGGAGCACUUAACCAAUAUAUACAUGGGGAGAGAGAGAAGAAAGCCUUCAAAGAUACUAUUAACAGUUACGUCACUUUCUUAAAAGGUACUAAAAUAAGCCUGGAAAAAUCUGUUGUGUUGAAGAGUGAAAUGGUUGACCUUACUCAGCUACGCUCAUUUGAGCAAGUGAAAGCUGCAUCAUCCAAUCCCGAAAUGAUAUUACAGCUUGAAAAUCUGCUUCUUCAAUGGCACAAUCAAUUGGAGCAGGUGCUGGAACAAAGUAAUCAAGUCCGAAAAGAGGCGGAAAAUUCAGGUCCAUUGACUGAACUGGAAUACUGGAAAUGUAUGUCUGCGAAAUUCAAUUCCAUCAUAGAGCAACUUAGAGGAACCAGUUGCAAGUCCGUGAUCAAUGUUUUAAAAGCAAGUUCUUCAAAAAUGUUAAAGAUGUGGUUAGAGUUAGAUUCUCAAAUCACUGAUGCAGCUAAUGGAGCAAAAGACAAUGUGAAAUUUCUGCAAGCAUUGGAGAAGGUCUGUAAGCCCCUUUACAAUUCUGAUCCAGUGACCAUGACAAAAGGUGUUCCAAAUUUGAUAAAUGCAAUUCAAAUGAUCCACAAUGUGUCAAGGUACUAUAACACCUCACAACAGAUGACUUCCCUCUUUAUAAAGGUCACAAACCAAAUGGUUACAGCCUGCAAAGAGUAUAUAACUGAUGGUGGUGCUGUUCAUGUAUGGGAUCAGGAUUCUCAUGUCAUUUUUAAAAGAAUGGAGGAAUGUAAAGCAUUGUUAGAAGAAUAUCGUAUGUAUUUCCAGAAAACCAAACAAAAGACCAUUGAAACUGAACGUGACAGUUCUUUUGAUGUGUCGGAAAUGUAUAUUUUUGGUAAACUUGAGGUCUUUUGUAAAAGACUAGGAAAAAUCACAAAAAUAGUUGAAAUAUUGAAGACCUUCUCUGUAUUGAAGAGUUCUUCAAUUGAGGGAAUAGAGAUUCUUGCAAUCAAAUUCCAGAAUAUAUUUUUGAAUCUUAAAAAAAGUAAUUAUGAUAUUUUGGACUCUCGAAGGAAGGAAUUCAAUGCUGACUAUGCUACAUUCGCGAAACAGAUCUUUGAUUUAGAGAACUUACUUGAUGACUUCAUGAAUAAUAGUUUUACAAACAUUAUUUCUUCACGGCAUGCUUUGCGGCUUCUGCAGAGAUUUCAGAAUUUGAAUAUUCCAUCCCUCGAGUCAGAAAUUGAAACAACAAUUGAACGGAUCCUUCGACACUACGCUAACGAGUUAAUGUUCAUUAAAAAGCAUUAUCUUGCCUUUAAAGACAACCCACCUCUUGCAAGAGACAUGCCUCCUGUUGCUGGAAAGAUACUGUGGUCAAGACAACUCUUCAGACAUAUAUUUGAUCCCAUUGACUAUUUCUAUAAAAAUUCGGACAUUUUAAACAACCCUCAGGGCAUGUCCAUUGUGCGAGUAUAUAACAAAAUUGCCUAUGUAUUGGUCAUGUUUGAAGUAUUACUUCACAAAAUGUGGACCAAAAAAACAUCAGCAAUUCAAUAUGUCCUCAACGGAACUCUUUUGAUACGGGAUCCGGAUUCUGGAAGUAUGCAGUCAAACUUUGAUCAUAGAGUUAUUGAACUACUUCGAGAGUCCAAAUGUAUAUUAAAGAUGGGCCUAGAUGUGCCAGAACCAGCUAAACGUUUGCUAAAGUCUGAGAAUCUGUUGAAAUCUAACAAUGAUCGUUUAGAGGCUCUUCUUCAUAAAUUUGGGAGGUUGCGCCAACAAAUGCCUUCUGAGUACGUGGCAUUGAUAACUCCAAAAAUUACUAAGAUUGAAACUAUCCUGAGACAAGGUGUUACUUUUCUGAACUGGUCAUCCUUAACACUCAAGCAGUUCUUCUCUGACAUGGAUGCAGCCAUAAAUGACUUGAUUGCAUUACUUAAGAUAAUAAGUGAUUUACGAGAAAAGCACAUAGAUGAGGCAAUGGCAGAAAUAGGCCAAAAAAUUAUAGUUAAACUACCAGAGGAUCAGGCCUUAACUUUGGAAGAAAUGCUUACCUACAGUGAGCGUUGCUGCAAAGAAUGGACAGAUAUUUUAAUUCCAAAAUGCAACGAUAUUGAAAAAACUGUGGACCAAUUGGUGGGAAUAUUCGUAGAACUCUCUGAAUCGGCACCUGUGAAAGAAAUUGAAAAACCUGCAGCUCCACCAGAGCGUAGACGAGUUUUUUUUACGGAAGAACCUGAAGAAGAAACUUUAACUAUGAAGACUCAUUCGACUGUUAAAGCAAAUAUCGAACAAAUCAAAAAAGAUGAAGAGUUUGAAAAGGAUGUGAAGGAGUUUUAUACAUUUUUUACCCAUCAUUUAAUUGAUGCUUUCGUGAAAUCUACAUCUCUGACAUUAGACUUUCUGAAAAGAAGAAUCCUCUUUGCAACAAUCAGAAGAGAAUAUGGGCCCUCAAACAUUGAAGAAUUUGCUCCGUUUUUAAAAGCUGAAGUGCAUUUGGCAAUUCCAAAUGUGAUUAUGCAACCAAAUCUGGACGAAAUGCAGCAUGUUAUCAACCGAAUAGUACAGUUGAUUUUAGAUGUUAGCCGUCAAGUGGUACACUGGAGACAGUCAAAAAAUCAAGAUAAUUCUGAACCACAGAGUGGAACAGAUUUGAAUGAAUCCAAAAAUGUGAAAAAGCUGAAGAAUUUUUAUCACAACGUGGCAGAACACAAAGACGUAGCCAAAUUAAUCGUAACUCUGUCUGGUUCAGUUAGCUCUCUGAAGGGUGAUAUUGCUCAAGCACUAGAAAGUUUUCAAAAAUUCAAAAUGCUGUGGUUAGAAGACAGAAGUACGACAGUUAAGGUAUUUAUGGACAGUAAUCCCAGUCUGUAUGAACUACGGGCUAAAAUUGAGCACUAUGCUACUAUUCAGCAAGAAAUUGAGGAAAUCAGCUCCACCAUUGCGGUAGAUUUUAUUGAACUGAAUACAGAAGCAAUGAAAAUUGCACUUACAGUGGAAGCUAAAGGUUGGAAAAUUGUGCUCAGUCGUUUCCUGAAUGAACAAUAUAAGGGAAAAAUGACAGCAAUAUCAACAUUUAUCAGUGAACAAAUGAAGAAUAUGGCACGACCUAUUCAGGACCUGGAUGAUGUUAGGUUUGCCAUGGAGUCUUUAGCAGAAAUACGGAAAAAUGAGAUACAGAUGGAUAUGACGUUGGGACCCAUUGAGGAAGCAUAUAAUAUCUUGAUUAAGUAUGAAGUGGAAAUUUCAAAGGAAGAAGCAGAAGGAGCUGACACACUUCGAUAUUUUUUUAACAAAAUGCAAGUUAAAGCUAGAAAUGUACAAGAUGACUUGGUGCAGGUCCAACCCAAGUUUAAGGCAGGCCUGCUGGAAUCAGUUGAAGUUUUCCAGAAGGAAGUGCUCAAAUAUGGACGACUAUAUGAAAGGGAAGGUCCAAUGGUUCCUGGUAUUGCGCCUGUGGAAGCCAGCACAAGAUUACAGAUCUUUCAGACUUGGUUUGAUGACUUAUGGAGGAAGUUUGUGACAUAUUCUUCUGGGGAACGUUUAUUUGGAUUGCCUAUCCAGGAUUAUGAGAUAUUGCAAAAAAAUAAGAAGGAACUAAACCUUCUGCAGAAAUUGUAUGGUCUGUAUGAUGCAGUGAUGAAUAAUAUUAAUGGUUACUAUGAUUUACUGUGGGUGGAAGUGGACAUUGAGAAGAUUAACGCUGAACUAUUGGACUUUCAGAAUAGGUGUCGUAGGUUACCAAAAGCCUUAAAGGAAUGGCAAGCAUUUAUGGAUCUCAAGAAGAAAAUCGAUGAUUUCAGUGAGUCAUGUCCUCUCCUUGAAAUGAUGGCCAGCAAAUCAAUACAACCAAGACAUUGGCAACGGAUAUCUGCAGUGACAGGGCACACAUUUAAUGUGACAUCGGAAGCAUUCUCUCUGAAACAUGUUAUGGAGGCUCCACUGCUUCCGUUUAAGGAUGACAUUGAGGAUAUCUGCAUAUCCUCUGUGAAAGAAAAGGAUAUUGAGGCAAAAUUGACUCAGGUGAUGCAGACUUGGGUCAGUCAAAACUUGAGUUUUUCCACAUUUAAGAGCAGAGGAGAGCUAUUGUUGAAAGGACUGGAGACAGCAGAAAUCAUAACAAUGAUGGAGGACAGUUUAAUGAUCCUGAAUUCUUUACUCAGCAACAGGUAUAAUGCUUACUACAAGAAGGAUAUUCAAACCUGGGUUCACAAUCUAACAGCAUGCACAACUAUAAUAGAACAGUGGCUUUUAGUUCAAAAUCUGUGGAUUUACCUAGAGGCAGUCUUUGUAGGAGGAGAUAUUGCCAAACAACUACCACAGGAAGCAAAACGUUUUCAAAAUGUUGAUAAAUCAUGGAUAAAAAUUAUGCAACGAGCUCAUGAAAUUCCAGGAGUGGUCCAGUGCUGUGUAGGAGAUGACAUUAUGGGACAGCUUCUGCCUCAUUUACAGGAGCAACUGGAAGUCUGCCAGAAAUCACUAACAGGAUACCUGGAAAAGAAACGAUUGCUAUUUCCACGAUUUUUUUUUGUUUCUGAUCCAGCAUUAUUGGAAAUCCUUGGACAGGCCAGUGAUUCGCACACCAUUCAGGCUCAUUUAGCAGGAAUAUUUGAUAAUGUAAAUAAAGUGGAAUUCCAUCCAAAGGAUUAUGAUCGCAUAUUGUCUGUUAUUUCCAGGGAGGAAGAACAAAUUCAAUUGGAUGCCCCCGUGAUUGCUAAGGGCCCUGUGGAAAUAUGGUUAAGUGACUUAUUGCGUAUGCAGCAAUCGUCAUUGCACACUGUAAUCAAAUUAGCAUACUACAGCUUCAGUGAACCAGACUUCCAGCUAAUACCUUUCCUUUAUGAAGCUCCUGGCCAGGUGGGAAUUCUAGCUAUCCAGAUACUGUGGACACGGGACUCAGAGGAUGCCAUCAAAGGUUCAAAAGACAGUAAAAAGAUCAUGCAAACAACUAAUCAAAAGUUCCUGGAGCUGUUGAACGCUUUGAUCGGUCAAACAACUCACGACCUGACUAAGUUUCAAAGAAUCCAGUUUGAAACUCUUGUCACCAUUCAUGUUCACCAGAGGGACAUCUUUGAUGAAUUGGUAAAAAUGCAUAUCAGAGCAGUGACUGACUUUGAGUGGCUGAAACAAUGCCGAGUUUAUUUCAGAGAAGAAACACAAGAUAUAAGAGUUGGGAUUACUGAUACGGAAUUUAUCUAUCAAAAUGAAUUUUUGGGUUGUACUGAACGAUUAGUUAUCACACCUUUGACAGACAGGUGCUAUAUCACUUUAGCUCAAGCUUUGUGGAUGUAUAUGGGAGGUGCCCCAGCUGGACCUGCUGGUACUGGCAAAACAGAGACUGUAAAAGAUAUGGGCAAAGCUCUUGGAAAAUAUGUCGUUGUGUUCAAUUGUUCAGAUCAAAUGGAUUUCAGAGGAUUAGGGAGAAUUUUCAAAGGUUUGGCACAAUCUGGCUCUUGGGGCUGUUUUGAUGAAUUUAAUCGAAUUGAACUUCCUGUAUUAUCUGUAGCAGCACAGCAGAUAUACAUUGUUCUGAUAGCAAAGAAAGAAAGAAAGAAAAAGUUUAUCUUCACUGAUGGAGAUAACGUGUCACUUAAUCCAGAAUUUGGCAUUUUUAUCACAAUGAAUCCUGGAUAUGCUGGACGCCAAGAACUGCCAGAAAAUCUAAAAAUUCAGUUUAGGACAGUAGCCAUGAUGGUGCCAGAUAGACAGAUCAUUAUAAGAGUCAAACUUGCUAGUGUUGGAUUUUUGGAUAACGUGUUGCUGGCUCAGAAAUUCUUUGUACUUUACAAACUCUGUGAAGAGCAACUGACCAAGCAGGUUCAUUAUGAUUUUGGCUUAAGAAAUAUUCUUUCUGUGUUGAGAACAUUGGGAGCUCAGAAGAGAGCACGACCUGAAGACAGCGAGUCAACAAUUGUCAUGAGAGUUCUGAGAGACAUGAAUCUGUCUAAAUUGGUGGAUGAAGAUGAACCCCUCUUCCUUAGUCUGAUCAGUGACUUGUUCCCUGGUAUACAAUUGGAUAGUAGUACCUAUGUGGAACUACAGGGAGCUGUUGUUAAUCAGGUGGAAAUUGCAGGAUUAGUUAAUCACCCACCAUGGAAUCUUAAACUUGUUCAGCUAUAUGAAACAGCCAGAGUUCGUCAUGGGCUAAUGACACUGGGUCCCAGUGGUUCUGGAAAGACUUGCGUCAUUCGCAUCCUCAUGCGAGCAAUGACUGAAUGUGGAGCCCCUCAUCGGGAGAUGAGAAUGAAUCCUAAGGCUAUUACAGCUCCACAGAUGUUUGGGCGAUUGGAUACAGCAACUAAUGACUGGACUGAUGGAAUCUUCUCAACUCUUUGGAGAAAAUCCAUUAAAGCAAAAAAAGGUGAGAAUAUCUGGAUUGUUCUAGAUGGCCCAGUAGAUGCUAUUUGGAUUGAAAAUUUAAAUUCCGUAUUGGAUGACAAUAAGACCUUAACUUUGGCUAAUGGUGACCGUAUUCCAAUGGCGCCUUCUUGCAAACUAUUGUUUGAAGUACACAACAUUGAGAAUGCAUCUCCAGCCACGGUAUCCAGAAUGGGGAUGGUCUAUAUAAGUUCUUCUACUCUCAACUGGAAGCCAAUUUUGAAGGCCUGGUUAAAUAAACGUCUUCCGCGAGAAGCUGAAAUUCUACAAGCCCUGUAUAAUAAAGCCUUUGAAGAUAGUUAUACCUACAUGAAAUUAAAUCUGAACCCAGUAAUGGACCUGCUGGAAUGUAACUACAUUAAACAGUCACUUACACUAUUGGAUGGAUUAAUGCCCUCAACUGAAGAUGGAGGACUUUCUAAUGAAUUGCAACUUAAGCGGCUCUUUGUAUUUGUACUGAUGUGGAGUGUUGGUUCCUUGUUGGAGCUCGAAGACAGAAUUAAACUCGAACAAUUCCUCCAAGAGCACAGGAGUAAACUUGACCUGCCAGAGAUUCCUGCAGAUAGCAACCUUACUAUGUUUGAGUUUCUUGUUAAUAACACAGGUGCAUGGGAGAACUGGCAAUUAUGGGUUCAAGAGUAUAUGUACCCAACCGACAGUGAGCCAGACUAUACUUCCAUUCUUGUCCCAAAUGUUGACAAUGUUAGGACCAAUUUUCUUGUGGAUGUCAUAGCUAAACAAUUUAAGGCUGUACUUCUGACUGGUGAACAGGGCACAGCAAAAACAGUCAUGAUUAAAGGAUAUUUGAAGAAAUAUGAUCCUGAGGAACACCUGUCCAAGAGUUUGAAUUUUUCUUCUGCAACAGAACCCUGCAUGUUUCAGAGAACUGUUGAAAGUUAUGUGGAAAAACGUGUGGGAAGUACCUAUGGACCUCCAAGUGGACGCAAAAUGACUGUAUUCAUUGAUGAUAUCAACAUGCCAGUUAUUAAUGAAUGGGGAGAUCAGAUUACUAAUGAAAUAGUACGUCAAAUGGUUGAAUCACAAGGAAUGUACAACCUAGACAAACCUGGAGAUUUUACUAAAAUAAUUGAUGUGCAAUUAAUGGCUGCAAUGAUCCAUCCUGGGGGUGGGCGCAAUGACAUCCCUCAACGGUUAAAACGCCAGUUCACUAUCUUCAACUGUACACUCCCUACUAAUGCUUCAAUUGACAAAAUCUUCGGAAUUAUUGGAAGUGGAUACUUUCACCCGGCCAGAUAUUUUGUACCUGAGGUCUAUGAUUUAAUAUCAAAACUUGUCAUCGCAGGCAGGAUCCUCUGGCAAUGGACAAAGGUAAAAAUGCUACCUACUCCAGCUAAAUUCCAUUACAUCUUCAACCUGAGGGACCUUUCUCGCAUCUGGCAGGGAAUGCUGACCAUUAAAGCAGAUGAAUGUGACACGGAAGAGAUACUGCUGGCUUUGUUCAAACAUGAAUGCACCAGGGUCAUUUCAGACAGAUUUAUAACUGAAGAGGAUAAACAAUGGUUUGAAGAUGCAGUCAUGCGUACAAUUGAAACAAACAUUGGAAAAGAAUCAGCAGGAAAGCUACAUGAAGAGCCAUACUUUGUGGAUUUCCUUCGUGAAAUGCCAGAACCAACUGGUGAAGAACCUGAAGAUUAUGUAUUUGUUGUUCCAAAAGUCUAUGAACUGGUUCCGAGCUAUGAAUUCCUGACUGAAAAAUUACAGUUUUAUCAAGCACAACAUAAUGAAGGUGUUCGAUCAGGAUAUCUUGAUCUUGUCUUCUUUAAAGAUGCAAUGAUACAUCUGGUUAAGGUGUCUCGUAUAAUCCGAACCAAUUGUGGAAAUGCCUUGCUGGUUGGAGUUGGUGGUUCUGGAAAACAAUGCCUUACAAAAUUGGCAUCUUUCAUUGCUGGUUAUAAAAUUUUUCAGAUCACUUUAACAAGAGCAUAUAAUGCUGGCAACCUGAUGGAUGACUUGAAGAUACUGUACAGAAUAGCUGGAGCAGACGGGAAGGGCAUCACUUUCAUAUUCACCGAUAAUGACAUCAAGGAAGAGUCUUUUCUUGAGUAUCUCAACAAUGUUCUUUCUUCUGGAGAGGUAUCAAACUUAUUUGCUCGGGAUGAACUUGAUGAGAUUACUCAAUCGCUGAUUGCACCAAUGAAAAAAGAAGCACCUCGGAUCCCACCAACUUUUGACAAUUUAUAUGAAUAUUUUAUACGAAGAGCCAGAACAAAUCUACAUGUUGUUCUCUGCUUCUCUCCGGUUGGUGAAAAGUUUCGAUCUCGAGCCCUGAAGUUUCCUGGCCUGAUUUCAGGUUGCACAAUGGACUGGUUCAGUCAUUGGCCUAGAGAGGCAUUGGUUGCAGUCUCCAGCUAUUUUCUUUCUGGUUUUCUCAUUGUUUGCUCAGAGGAGGUUAAAAACCAGCUGGUGCAAACAAUGAGUGAAUUUCAUGACAGGGUCUAUCAAACCUGUGAAGAUUAUUUUCAGAGAUAUCGGCGUAGAGCACAUAUAACCCCCAAAACUUAUCUCGCCUUUAUAAAUAGCUACAAAAGUGUUUACGCAGAAAAACAUGCAAACAUUAAUGAUCUAGCGGAACACAUGCAAAUGGGUCUCUCAAAGCUUCUAGAAGCAACUGAAUCAGUGGCUCUUCUUGCUAAGCAACUAGCAGGGAAAGAAAAGGAGCUGGCAGUGGCAUCUCAUAAUGCUGAUAAGGUGUUGGGAGAGGUGACUGUGAGUGCGCAGGCAGCAGAAAGCGUUAAAAAUGAAGUCCUGGUAGUGAAAGAUAAAGCCCAGAAGAUUGUGGAUGAAAUAGCAGUGGAAAAAAUCUUUGCUGAGGAAAAAUUACUAGUUGCAAAGCCAGCACUAGAAGCUGCAGAAGCAGCUCUGAAUACUAUCAAGCCAAAUGACAUUGCCACUGUACGUAAAUUAGCCAAACCACCUCACCUGAUAAUGAGGAUUCUCGAUUGUGUCCUGGUUCUCUUCCAAAAGAAAAUGGAUACAGUUACCAUGGAUCCCGAGAGACCCAGUCUCAAGCCAUCCUGGGGAGAGUCUUUGAAGUUGCUGAGUGGUACUGGAUUUCUGCAGGCCUUGCAGCAGUUCCCAAAGGACACAAUCAAUGACGAAACAGUGGAAUUACUUUACCCAUAUUUCACAAUGGAUGAUUAUACAUUUGAAAAUGCUAAGAAAGUCUGUGGGAAUGUUGCUGGUUUGUUAUCCUGGACUCAGGCUAUGGCUGCCUUUUUUAGCAUCAAUAAAGAGGUGCUGCCUUUAAAGGCAAAUUUGGCAGUACAGGAAAACCGUCUCCAAGUUGCAAAUAAGCAGUUAGGAAUGGCUCAGGCCCAGCUGGAUGAUAAACAAGCCGAACUGGACACGGUGCAGGCAAAGUUUGAUGCUGCUAUGAAAGAGAAAAUGGAUCUACUAGAAGAUGCAGAAACAUGUAGAAGAAAGAUGGAAGCUGCUUCAGCUCUGAUAGAUGGAUUGAGUGGAGAAAGGAUCAGAUGGACAGAUCAGUGCAAGGAGUUUAAAGCACAAAUUAACAGGCUAGUGGGUGAUGUACUGUUGGCUACUGGAUUUCUUUCAUAUAGUGGCCCCUUCAAUCAAACUUUCAGAGAUAUACUCAUUAAAGUAAUCUGGGAAGUAGAGCUUCAGAAAAGGAAGAUCCCAUAUACAGAUGGAAUAAACAUCAUAAUGUUUCUGGUGGAUCAGCCCACGAUCAGUGAAUGGAACCUACAGGGAUUACCAAGCGAUGACUUGUCAGUUCAGAAUGGCAUUAUUGUCACCAAAGCAGCCAGAUAUCCACUUCUCAUUGACCCUCAGACACAGGGUAAAACUUGGAUUAAAAAUAAGGAGAAAAAUACUGAUUUACAGGUAACGUCUCUUAAUCACAAGUAUUUUCGUAAUCACCUUGAAGACGCUUUGUCACUCGGACGCCCUCUGUUAUUAGAAGAUGUGGGGGAAGAGUUGGACCCUGCACUGGAUAAUGUGUUGGAGAAGAACUUCAUCAAAAGUGGGACCACAUACAAGGUGAAAGUGGGGGAUAAAGAAACAGACAUAAUGCCUGGAUUCAUGUUUUACAUCACCACAAAACUUCCAAACCCUGCCUACACACCAGAAAUUAGUGCCAAGACAUCCAUCAUUGACUUCACUGUAACCAUUAAGGGUCUUGAGAAUCAGCUGCUUGGCCGAGUGAUCCUUACUGAGAAACAGGAACUGGAAGCAGAGCGUGUGCAGCUGAUAGAGGAAGUCACUGCCAAUAAACGUAAAAUGAAGGAAUUGGAGAAUAACCUACUAUUUAAGCUCAGCACCACCAAGGGUUCACUCGUGGAUGAUGAGUCUCUGAUUGGUGUCCUGCAGAUAACAAAGUCGACAGCAACUGAAGUUAGUGAGAAGCUGCAUGUGGCAGCAGAGACAGAGAUAAAGAUUAAUACUGCACAAGAAGAAUACCGGCCAGCAGCCACUCGUGGGAGCAUCCUGUAUUUCCUCAUCACAGAAAUGAGCAUGGUCAACAUGAUGUACCAGACCUCACUGGCACAGUUUCUCAAAUUAUUUGACCAGUCCAUGGCCAGAUCUAAGAAAUCUCCUGUUGCUUCAAAGAGAAUCAUCAAUAUAAUUGAGUACCUGACUUUUGAAGUGUUUAAGUAUUCAGUACGAGGACUUUAUGAAACUCACAAGUUCCUUUUUACUUUACUGCUGCCUCUAAAGAUUAAUCUUGAGCGGGGAUACAUCAAAUACACUGAAUUUCAGACCCUAAUAAAAGGAGGAGCAGCUCUUGAUCUUAAGGCCAGUCCACCAAAGCCUUUCCGCUGGAUCCUUGAUUUGACCUGGUUGAACCUGGUAGAACUGAGCAAACUACCACAGUUUGCAGAAGUAUUGACCCAGGUAACUAAGAAUGAGAAAGCUUGGAAAAACUGGUUUGAUACAAAUGCCCCAGAAGUGUCAACAAUGCCUAAUGGAUACAGUGAUUCUCUAGAAGCAUUUGGCAAGCUACUGCUCAUCAGGUCAUGGUGUCCCGACAGAAUUCUAUCCCAAGCUCGAAACUACAUUUCUGAAGCAAUGGGAUCAAAAUAUGCCGAGCCAGUGAUUCUACACCUGGAGACAACAUGGGAAGAAAGUGAUAUACAAACUCCUCUGAUUUGCUUCCUGUCCAUGGGAUCGGAUCCCAGCAAUCAAAUUGAAGGAUUGGCCAAAAAGCUUGAAAUUGUUUGUAGGGCAAUAUCAAUGGGUCAGGGACAAGAAGUACAUGCCAGAAAGCUGAUGGCGAUGUCCAUGCAACAGGGUGGAUGGGUCUUACUGCAAAACUGCCACUUAGGUCUGGAGUUUAUGGAUGAGAUGCUGGAGAUUCUGCUAACAAGCGAGAAUGUAAAUGAAUCUUUCCGAGUAUGGAUCACCACCGAGCCGCAUCCAAAGUUUCCGAUCACACUGCUACAGACUUCCAUCAAAUUCACCAAUGAACCUCCUCAGGGAGUGCGUGCAGGGCUGAAAAGAACAUUUACUGCAAUCUCACAAGACCAAAUAGAAUAUUCCAACCUGCCCAUGUGGAAACCACUACUGUAUGCAAUUGCUUUUCUGCACACCACUGUUCAGGAACGGCGAAAGUUUGGUCCACUGGGUUGGUGUAUUCCAUAUGAGUUUAACUCCUCAGAUUUCACAGCUAGUGUCCAAUUCAUACAGAACCAUCUAGAUGACUGUGAUAAAAAGAAGGGUGUGUCAUGGAAUACUAUACGUUACAUGCUUGGAGAAGUUCAAUAUGGAGGCCGCGUUACAGAUGAUUAUGACAAGUGCCUCCUUAAUUGCUUUGCCAAGGUAUGGUUCAAUGAGAAAAUGUUUGAUUCCAAGUUCUGUUUUUAUACUGGCUAUAUUAUUCCAAUAUGUCCCAAUGUCGAGAGCUAUCUGGAAUACAUUCAGACUCUGCCUGUCACUGACACCCCUCAGGUGUUUGGCCUACACCCAAAUGCUGACAUCACGUACCAGAGUAACACUGCAGCUGAAAUCCUCGACAGUAUCACCAAUAUUCAGCCAAAGGAAAGCGGUGGUGGAGGAGGAGAGACUCGAGAAGCCACUGUUUAUAAACUUGCUGAGAGUAUGCUGAGAAAGCUGCCUAAAAAUUAUGUGGCGCAUGAGGUAAAAGCUCAACUCAUAAAAAUGGGAAUUUUGAAUUCAAUUAAUAUUUUCCUUCGACAAGAAAUUGACCGGAUGCAGAAGGUUAUUACAAUGCUUCGGAUCUGUCUGAGUGACUUAAAGCUGGCUAUAGAUGGGACCAUCAUCAUGAGCGAGAAUUUAAUUGAUGCCUUAGAUAACAUGUUCGAUGCUCGAGUCCCUGCAGGAUGGAAGAAGAUUUCCUGGGCAUCUUCUACAUUAGGAUUUUGGUUCACGGAGUUCCUAGAGAGAAACACACAAUUUUCCCAAUGGAUCUUUACAGGCAGACCCAAUGUGUUUUGGAUGACAGGGUUCUUCAAUCCCCAGGGGUUCUUAACUGCAAUGAGGCAGGAAGUAACACGAGCACAUAGAGGAUGGGCAUUGGACAGUGUCACUCUGCACAAUGAAGUAACAAAACUGAUGAAGGAAGAGAUCAAAUUGCCACCUCCGGAAGGAGUAUAUAUCCAUGGUCUUUACCUUGACGGAGCAGGUUGGGACAGAAGAAACACAAGACUGACUGAGCCCACUGCAAAGGUUUUGUUUACAAUGCUACCAGUCAUCUACAUAUUUGCCAUCAAUUCUACUGCACCAAAGGAUCCCAAGUUGUACAUCUGUCCAGUCUAUAAAAAGCCCCAACGUACUGACCUGAUGUUUAUUACUGCCCUCUGUAUGAAAACAGUCCAGUCACCUGAUCAUUGGAUCCUGAGAGGGGCAGCCCUGCUCUGUGACAUCAAGUAACACCAAUUG